AUUUUUUAACAUUAAUAUUCUUCUAGUGAAGUCAUCAGGAUGGGUUUCACAAAAUUCUGAGGUCUCUGAUGAUUUAGAGAUGAAAAGACAACACAGGUACAUUUUGCAAGAGAGUACAUAACAGAGAAACUGACACACUGACACACAAAGGCAAAUAAAGAUUGCUUGCUGGAAGUGGUAGUGAUGUUAAUGAUGAAGUAAUCCCGAUUAUUUCUCUGCAGAGACCCAGAACAUCCUCCUCUCCGAGAAUGGAUUCUUUCAACAACAGUGACUUUAGACCUUUGUUUCUGACUGGUUUUCCAGGCUUGGAGGCUUCACAUCCUCAGAUCUCUGUCCUCUUCUGUGUUCUCUACCUCAUUGCUAUCAUAGGGAAUAGUUUGAUCCUGGUGGUGGUGUGGCAAGAACAGUCACUGCAUGAGCCCAUGUACUAUUUCCUUUCCAUGUUAGUAGCCAGUGACCUCAGCCUCUGUGCCACUACCCUGCCCACCCUGCUCAAGCUCUUCUGGCUCAAUGCCCGUCAGAUUGCCUUUGAUUCUUGCCUGGUUCAGAUGUUCUUCAUCCAUGUCUUCUCUCUCAUGGAGUCAGGUAUCCUACUGACAAUGGCCUUUGAUCGAUAUGUAGCAAUAUCCAAUCCUCUCCAUUAUGCUACUAUCUUGACUAAUGCCACCAUUGUCAAGAUUGGCUUUGGUCUCAUGCUUCGGGCCACUGCAGUCAUUUUGCCAGGACCCUUCCUCAUCAAGAGACUCAAAUUCUGUAAGGCUAAUAUCCUUUCUCAUUCCUAUUGCCUUCACCCAGAUAUCAUCAAGCUCUCCUGCUCUGACCACCAUAUCAAUAGCAUCUAUGGCCUCAUCAUAGUCAUCAUUACUUUCGGUGUAGACUCUGUGCUUAUUCUUCUUUCCUACUUGAGAAUCCUGAUCACAGUGCUAGGUAUUGCCUCCCAUCAGGAGCAACUCAAAGCCCUCAAUACCUGUGUCUCCCACAUCUGUGCUGUCUUGCUUGUCUACAUCCCCAUGCUGGGAGUAUCCAUUAUCCACCGCUUUGGGAAGCAUGUCCCUCCUGUGGUUCACAUCAUCAUGGGCUAUGUUUACCUUCUGGUCCCACCUGUACUCAAUCCUGUUGUUUAUUGCAUCAAAACUCAUCAGAUCCGCACACGCAUUCUUAGGCUCUGGCAGACAAAAUAA